AUGGGGCCGCUCUCAUUUCAGUCGAAAUUGAUCCCCUCUGAGGAGUCCCGACAGACUGGAUGCUUCACAACACUCCCUAUCCGUCUCCAUCUUCGAGAUGAUUUAGCUGAUGCAGCUAGCCGUCAGUUUGUAAAGGACUGGGCUAGGGAGAUGGGAGAUGGCCGGGAACAGCACACCUACUUCUCCUUCUCGCCAGUGGGCAACUGGUCAUCUUUGAUUUAUCCUGAAGCCAUCCCCGAGAGACUGGGUGUUCUGGCGUACUUGUCCGACCUAGGAUUGAUUCAUGAUGAUGGUGGCGAGGGCCUGAGCAUUGAAGAUGCGCAAGCCGAGAAUGGCGAUCUUUACGCUGCCCUGAAUCCUGACGAUGUCGGCAGUGUCACACCAGAUUCGAAGGCGAUGAAGACUAAGAAGCUUGUCUCGCAGUGUAUGCUUGAAUGCAUCAGUCUUGACCGUGAACUGGGUCUGAAGAUGCUUGCUGCGUUCCGCGACGUCUGGCUCGCUAUCAGCGAGAGGAACAGCGACAAGGAAGCGCAAACCAUGGAAGAGUACUUGAAGUAUCGCAGUGACAACGGUGGAAUGCUGGUCUUCUGGCCAAUGCUCCAGUUCAGCCUUGGGAUGUCCAUUUCAGAAGCAGAGGAAGCACUUGUGCAGCCUAUCAUUGAUGCAGCCACCGAAGGGCUCUUGUUGGCCAAUGACUACUUCAGCUGGGAACGAGAGUACAGGGAACUCCAGUCUGGACAGUCGAAGAGGAUUGUUAGUGCUGUCGACUUGUUCAUGAGAACGAAAGGACUCUCAAUCGACGAAGCAAAAGAUGCGGUCAAACGCAAAAUCAUCCAGAGUGAGCGCGACUUUUGUGAGCGCCGUGAUGAGCUCUACAAGACCCAUCCUAAUAUCUCAUUAAAAUUGAAACGCUGGAUCGACUGCGCUGGGCUGGCUGUUUCCGGAAAUCAUUACUGGUGCUCGGCUUGCCCAAGACAGAAUGCGUGGAAGAACGCAAGCUCAACCAACUGCAACGGUGUCAAAAGAAAGCUUACGCAUGAUACUGUGGUCAGCAAGCAGGAGGCUCCACUAAAGAAAAGAAAAGACUCGCGCGCCUUGGAAUCGAAGUCCAGCGACGACGGGUCCGAACUGUCUGAGGUGUCCAGCUACCCUUAUUAUAAGCCAUCUGAACUGGCCCUGGAGGCACCCUCAAAAUACGUCUCGAGUAUGCCUUCGAAAGGCGUCCGUAGCACACUGAUCGAAGCUCUCAACACAUGGCUUCACGUGCCAUCCGGAAAACUCAAGGCAAUCAAUUCAGUGAUCAACUCGCUGCACAACGCGUCACUUAUUCUCGACGACCUCGAGGACAACUCCCCGCUCCGAAGAGGUCAUCCAUCAACGCACAUCCUGUUUGGUCAGGCUCAAUCAAUCAACAGCGCAAACUUCAUGUUCGUGCGAGCUGUGCAGGAAGUCGCACAGAAUCUGAGCCCGGCUGCCCUUACUGCGGUCCUCGAAGAACUCGAGGGCCUGUAUCUGGGCCAGAGCUGGGAUCUGUACUGGAAGCACAACCUCUCAUGUCCAAGCGAGGUCGAGUACGUCAACAUGGUCGACCACAAAACCGGCGGCAUGUUUCGCAUGCUGCUGCGGAUCAUGCAAGCAGAGAGCCAAGUCACACCGCAAUUGGACUUUCACACACUGACGCUACUUUUCGGCCGCUUCUUCCAGAUACGAGACGACUACAUGAACUUCCAGGAUUACACGUCACAAAAGGGUCUCUGUGAAGAUCUAGACGAAGGCAAGUUCUCGUAUCCCGUCGUAUACUGCUUGGAAAAUUUUCCCGAAUACCGCGGACACUUCCUAGGCGUAUUCAGACAGCGCCCCACGGUGGCCACUGUCAACGCGAGUCCUUUGUCGAGAGAGAGCAAGCAGCAUUUGACGGCUUGCCUGAAGAAAAGUGGGGCAUUUGAGAAGACGAUUGCUUGCCUGACGGAUAUGGAACGCGAUCUGGAAGUGGAGAUUGACCGGCUCGAGCAGCAGACGGGCGAGGCGAACCCAAUGCUCCGCCUGUGUCUCGCGAAGCUCAGCGUAAAGGGAAUUGGGAGAAUCGGCGAGGUGAACACUAGCGCGUAA